UUCAUCUUUUGUCUGCUCAGUGCUUUUGGUUCUUCAUUUAAUCUUGCCUCUUGCUGGAAUUUGUUUCUUUUUUGUGCAUCUUCGUAUGUUUUCGUAACUGAAUUUCGGGGUUUUUUGGUUCUUCGAAGCCCUUAUUUUUUGGGCGUAAAAGACACUGGUUUUAGGGUUGAGCCGCCUUGGCUAAGUGCGAAAAAGUUAACAAUGAAGGCGUUUGAAGUCGGUGGAACUACACUUUGUCUUGCCCUUUUCAGCGAUGUUACUAAUUCUAAAGAACUAUUGGACUUAAUGCAGUCUGCAACACUGGAGCCAGAAGUAGCAUUUCUGAAUGCAUCACUUAUCCCAGAUGUGUUUCCUGUUCUGGCAGCUGCACACAAGACACUUGCAGCUAAAUCAAGGGAUUCACUGACUACACGGACCCUCCAUUCUGAGCUUGUUUACAACUUCUCGGGAUCUAAGCAUAUUUCAGAGUCUUUGAAAAGAUGUGGCAUCGCAGACAACACAAGCUACAUCCUGGCAGCACGCUUUGGUGCUUCGGCUGAUGAGAUGGUGGCCAUAGAAAAACUCAUAAAGGGCAAUGAGAUUGACCUGAAGGAAUUGGAACAAAGAAUAAACCAGGCUCAGAUUCAAAAGCAUUACAAGAUAUCUAAUCUGGAGCUGGAGAUAUCAUCACUUGCAGAUGCUAUAACGUGCAGAAUUGCUGCCAGAGACGCUUUAUGAGUGUUGCAAGCCUA